GUUGAAAACAGUGAAUGAACUCAACGAAGAGGCUAAGAAAUUCCUCGAGGAUGAAAUGAAGGCAAACAAAGGGUGUCUGAAUGGGUGGUGUCCAAAUUUGAAGUCACGCUACUCCUUGAGCAGAAAAGCUACAAAGAAAACUCAAAGUGUGGAAGAGCUACGUGGAGAAGGAGAUUUCUCUAGAGUGUCCUAUCCUGCAGUUGCACCUACUGUGGGGACAACAUUUGCAUUCACUAGAGGUUUUAAGGGGUUUGAAUCUAGAAGUUUGACUAUGAAUGGAGUUAUGGAGGCACUGACAGAUGAUAGUAUCUAUGUGAUUGGGAUAUGUGGGAUGGGAGGGGUUGGUAAACAGCUAUGGUGAAAGAAGUUGCCAAGAAAGCAGAAGAAAAGAAGAUGUUUCAUAAAAUCGUGAUGGUAGUAGUGUCGCAAAACCCAGAUUUGAUUAUAUUCAAGGUGGGAUAGCCAAAAUAUUGGGUUUUGAAUUAUCUGGGGGAAACAAUUUAUUUGCCAGAGCAGGGGAACUAGGAUCAAGAAUAUUGAUGGCAGGAAGAAUCCUUGUAAUAUUGGAUGAUGUUUGGAAGAGACUAGGAUUGAAUGAUAUUGGAAUUCCAUGUGGAGAUCAUUACAAGGGUUGCAAAAUUGUGAUGACUUCAAGAAGUGAAGAUGUAUGCAUUGGCAUGGACACAGACAAGAAUUUCAAGGUUUGGUGUCUUAAGUGAAAAAGAAGCAUGGAAUCUUUCAAGGAGAUGGCUGGAAUUUCUAACGACGGUACAAGUCACCCAACUGAUUUGCAGUUGACACAAAUGGCAGUUGUGAAGGAAUGUGGAGGCUUGCCGAUUGCUAUUGUUACAGUUGGGAGGGCUCUUAGAUCCAAAAAAAUACCUUCAUGGGAUUCUGCUCUUGAACAAAUGCGAAAGUCUAUGGUCAAAAACAUCACUGAAGAGUAGGUGAAAAGGUGUUUAAACCUCUGAAGUUGAGUUACAAUUACUUAGAAAGUGAGGAAGCUAAGAAAUGCCUUUUGUUUUGUUCCUUAUAUCCAGAAGAUUUUGAUAUUCCAAUCGAAGAUCUUGUCAGAUAUGCAAUUGGGAUAGAGUUGUUUGAGCACAUUGAUAAUGUGAGCCAAGCAAAAGACAGGGUAUAUUCCAUAGUUGAUACAAAAAAAAAAAAAUAAUGCCCAAUUAUAUUCCAUAGUUGAUGAUUUACAAAAAUGCUAUCUAUUGCUGGAUAGUUCAAAAAAGAGUGUGUCAAAAUGUAUGAUGUCAUACGUGAUGUGGCUAUAUCAAUUGCAUCCGAGCAACAUUCGUUUAUGGUGAGAUGUGACGAAGUACUAGAAGACUGGCCAGAGAAUGUUCGACUAAAAAAUUAUGCUGUAAUUUCAUUAAAACUUGAUGGUAUGCAUGGGCUUCUUGGUAGUUUAGAAUUUCCAAAUCUCAAGCUUCUACAGCUGGAUUGCAAUGCUAGAUUACCACGAAUCUCAUAUGAUCUCAACAAAAGAAUGGAGGUCAAAGUACAAGAGACCCAAGAUAGUUUCUACCAAGGAAUGAAAGAACUUAAAGUGCUAGCUUUAUCCUAUAUGUUCAGCUCAUUGCCAACGUCAUUUGGAUGCUUGAUCAACCUCCGAACCUUGUCACUUUUUCGUUGCCGACUUAUUGAUGAUGAUAUCUCUGUAAUCGGAGCAUUAGAGAAUCUGGAAAUUUGAGCUUUGCUGGCUCUUAUAUCAAGGAAUUGCCAAAGGAAAUAAUAGGUCACCUUGCUCACUUGAAGGUACUUGAUUUGUUGGGAUGUAUAGUGGAAAGGAUUUACCCUGGGGUUUUGUCAAGCUUAUUAAAGCUAGAAGAGCUGUAUUGGAACCACCUUUCAACGGUGCUGUAAAGUUGAAGAAAGUAAAGAAGGUGCUAAAGCGAUUAUCGAUGAGCUGGUGUCCUUGUCCAAUUUGGUGGCUUUGGAUAUUGCUCUAAUAAACAUUACCUUCUGGCCGAGAGGUUUGGUUGUUGAGAAGGUAAAAAAGUUUAAUAUAGUUGGCGUGACUGACUUUGACUACAUCCUUGACCCUUGUUAUUCAUUAUCAAAUCUGUUGGAGCUCCAAGUUCAAAAUGUGAGUGACAUUAUUGAAACAAGGCUUAAUUUGCUGUUGAAAGGCACUGAAAUUCUGGAUGUAAACUCAAGAACAAAAGGUUUGAAAAUUCUGUGUGAUUUGGUCGACAAAGAUGGGUUUGAAUGCUUAAUGAAGUUGAGCCUACGGUAUGAUUUGGAAUACCUCAUCAAUACAGCAGAUGGGGUUCCACAGAGUGCUUUCCUUGUGUUAGAGUUUCUGAAUCUUCAUGGUCUACGUAAUUUCAAAGGGAGCUAGUCAUGAAUGCCGACUACCGAACAAGGCUUUCAGUGCAUCGAAAGUGUUGGUAAUGGAAUACUUGUCUGAACUGACAAAUUUGUGGAAGGUUCCCACCCAACUUGUAUGGCUUGGCAACCUGAUGUCUGUACAUGUGUGGCAUUGUGAGAAACUGGAAAGUAAGUUCUCACUUUUCAUAGCUAGAGAUCUAGUGCAACUGCAGGACCUUUCCAUAGGACGCUGUGAUAUGAUGGAAAUUAUUGUUUCGAGUGAAGGAGGAGAGCAUGAAAUGGCAACAGAUAAAAUUGAGUUUCCUAAACUAAAGCAAUUGCAUCUUAGAAACCUGCCAAGUUUUACUGCUAUCUGCAAAGCUAUGAAUAUAAUUGAGCUGCCACAACCGAGUUACUUGGCACUGUGGGAAAUACCAAAGCUGAAGCGUCUCUGCCUGCUUCAGAUUCAGAGAGUAAUUGUGAUCCCAUCAUUCAACCCCUCUUCAACAAGAAGGUUCUGCUUUUCUCUGGUGUGCUUUAUGAUUGCUCUUUUCUUUGAAAGCUUUUUAAAGAAGAAGAAGAAGAUGAAGAUGAACAAGCAAAGUAAUACUGGUAGUGGACAGAACAACAUGCACAAGAAGUUGUUCAUUGUUGUCUCUUCUUAUUACAUAUAAUACAAAGGUGUUUUUGCAACUUUGCCUUUGCAUUUUGCAUGUCCUACCCACCCACCCACACCCACCAUAUAUUCUUGGUGAUGGACAGAACAACAUACACAAGAAGUUGUAACUCAUAUAUUCUUGGUGAAUUGAAUAUGGAGUCAGAUGCAUCUAGUGGGCAACAAGCUUCAAAAGAAAAUGAAUAGGUAUGCAUUUCUCUGCUUUUAAUGAAUUUUUCAGCUUAUUAUGAAUUAGAUUAUAAAUGAUGUUGUAGAAUGAAAUUUCAAGUUGUCUGUUGAUCAGGAAAUAAUGUGUUAGCACUUAGCAUUGGUAAAUUGCUCAGACAAUUCUAAUAUCUCCCAUUUGAUGUUGUUGAAUUGAAUGGCCUAGAUAUGGCAUAUGAACAGAUUUGUAGAUUUCAGAUCUGGAUGUUCAUGAGUGAGCGAAAGAAUAAAGAAACAAUCAAACUAAAGUACCUAGGUUAAGCCUUUUGGGCUGGUAGAAGACUGAUGUUACAUUAAAUGGGUUACACAACUUGUACAUAUAUUAUCCUUUUGUCUUUCAUGAGUGAAGUACGGCUUAAUUUAUUCAUACUGCUAUUUUGAAAGUAUGGAUAAGUUAAUAUACUUAUUGUUUCUUUUGAUUUCCUAGGUUUUUGAUGUAUUUGAUGAAAGGAAAAAUGGUGUCAUUGAAUUUGAUGAAUUUGUCCAUGCACUCAACGUCUUCCAUCCCUAUGCUCCCACAGAAGACAAAAUAGACUUUAGGGAUCAGAUGCAAUCUUUUUAUUCUUAUUAUCAAAACAUAUCUCAUGAACUUAACCUCUUGGUGUUACCUUCGUGAUGCCCUACAGUUGCAUUUAGGCUUUACGAUUUGAGGCAAACUGGGUUUAUUGAGCGAGAAGAAGUAAGUAUUUUACACUGUAAACUUAGCAAUUGUUGCCACAACUAAUGUUAAAACAAAUACAUGCUCUGAGAAACAUAGACAGUUGAUACACUAAUUGUGUUUGGAGGUUUUCGAACCUUUUUGAACUCAUUAUUAAGGUGGCUUGCAAGUUGCAAGCUUUUGAAUCAAAUUGGUGCUACAUCAGGUUCUGCAUUUUGUAGAUCGAUCUCUCUCUCUCUCUCACACACACACACACACAUGCAUUGUAAAAGAAGUCACAUUACUCUUCCCUUUUGUGCUUAUAUUUAUGGGCAUGCAUAUGAGCAUAAAUGUUUGACUCUCAUACAUAAAACAUUCAUAAUAACCAAUGGCUGCCUCAAUUUAUCAGGAUCUUGGGGACCUUAAGAACAGGAAUGAUUUGAUGGCCAAUUCUUUGCUCCAUAAUUUUUAAUAUAUUGGGACAUAAGGCUUAGUUUGGUUUGAUUUAUGCUUUAAAUUUACUGCUAUUGACAAAUGUGUGAAUGACUAGAUGAAUAUAAUCUUUUUUAUUGAAAUAAGUUUGCAUUUGUUAUCAUGCUUUUGCUAAGGCAGUCAACUGGUCAAUAAUUUUGAGAGGUUUCUUUCUUCUCUAAAUCUUACUCGUAAUUACCACCAAUUUUUCAUCAUGUACCUAUCAUAUCCAAUAACUAUUACAAUAAUUUUGUACCUUCAUCAAACUAUAAAUGGCUAAUCAGUUUACUCAAUCAUCAAACUAUUCAAAAAUUCAGAACACCACUCACACCACUUGUCCUAUAUAUAAAGUAUACAAGUUGUUUAGUGUGAAUUAUUUGUCACACUCUUUGCAUUAACUGAUUCAAUAUUUUAAAACUCAACAACCCUUAUUUCAUAUUUUUUAUUCGUAAAUUACAAAUAGUGUGUAUAUAUAUGUAUGUAUAUAUGUGCUAUUUGUAAUCAACUUUUUGGAAGUUAAGUGGAAGAUAAUGGACUAGCAUUGCAAUUUAGGGAAGAUAAGAAAACUGUUGAAGCAUUUCAUUAACACGUUGUGUGCAUGAGACUUGUUUGGACAAAUUAAGGGGGGCUAGCAAAAACAUGCCUUUGGACUUUGCAAUUAGUUUUAGAUAACACACAAAGUGAUAAAAAAAAAAAAUAAAUAAAUAAUAAAUAACUAAAUACACGAGUUAUAAAUGUUUCAUAACACAAUAUCGAUGCACAUGCUCUUUCAUGCACGUUUUGAGUUUUGGUUUUGCUAAUGCUGUCAUUCUUGGUGUGAUGUUUCUUAAC